CGUUGUUUCGUGUUCACUCGCCAUUGGCAGCCCGAAGAUUGCCGAAGCGAGCAAUGGAGGAGCCUCGUAGUUGAGGAAACAUGUUGGUUAUGUUCGUUGCCGCUUGAACGUCGUCCAUGUGUUCGGAGGUGAAAGGCGGCUACUGAAGCUCACGGUCAAAGGCCGGCUAGCUAGCUGCUGCGAGAUGGACUUCCUGUGGGAAAUGAUCCCGGCUUUGGUGGCACUGACUCUUGUGGCUCUCAUGGCGGCGACCGUCACGGCGCACGUGACAGCCGGGACGGUGGACCUGAGGCGUCACAGCCAGGAGAAAUGCUUCCUCAGCGCCACGGGAGCCAAAGAGUUUUUCCCCGGUCUGCACGAGCCGUCCUCUGUGGAACUCUCCGUGGUCGUCCCGGCGUACAACGAGGAGCAGCGCAUGCCCGUGAUGUUGGAGGAGGCCACGGAGUAUUUGGAAGACAGGCAGAGAAAACAAGCUGCCUUCACUUACGAGAUCAUCGUGGUGGACGACGGCAGCAAAGACAAAACCACCGAGGUGGCGUCACGCUACACCAAGAAGUACGGCGCUGACAAAGUCCGCGUUCUGACGCUGGUGAAGAACCGCGGCAAAGGCGGCGCCGUGCGAAUGGGAACUCUGAGCUGCAGGGGGCGCCUCAUUCUGAUGGCGGACGCGGACGGAGCGACAAAGUUCUCAGAUGUGGAGAAGUUGGAGGCGGGGCUUAAGGAGAUUAGUCCAGAACCGGACGCCAUGGUCAUCUCCUGCGGCUCCAGAGCUCACCUGGAGCAGGAGGCCGUCGCCCAGCGCUCCGUCUUCCGCACUUUCCUGAUGUACGGCUUCCACUUCCUGGUGUGGUUCUUCUGCGUGCGAGGCAUCCGCGACACGCAGUGCGGCUUCAAGCUCUUCACGCGCCAGGCGGCGCUCAGGACCUUCUCCUCGCUGCACGUGGAGCGCUGGGCUUUCGACGUGGAGCUGCUGUACAUCGCCCAGCGCUUCCACAUCCCCCUCGCCGAGGUGGCCGUCAACUGGACCGAGGUGGAAGGAUCCAAGCUGGUCCCGUUUUGGAGCUGGCUCCAGAUGGGCCGAGACCUGGUCUUCAUCCGCCUGCGCUACCUGACGGGCGCCUGGACGCUCGGCCCGCCGCUCAAGGCUGAGUAGUCGCUCCACUGGGGGCGCUGCUACACACAAACCUACUUUACCCAUCAAGUUUGUUACUGAAAAAUAUUAAAGUGACCAAACAACAAA